AUGCCGACCCCUCCUGCCUCCGCGGAUGCCGCUCGGAACCUGUUCAUUGCGUCCGUCUGCCGUCGCUGGCGGCGUCUCGUUCAGAGGCAUGUCACAGCGCUGCUGGUCAAGGAGGACCGCGUCGUGUCUCGCCGCGAUGUGCUCAACGCCGUCGCGUGCUUUCCCCAUCUGACCCAUCUCCAUCUGGCGGAUGGCAGUGUUGAAACGUUGGACGACACGUUUCUUGCUGACCUCGCCUCUUCGUGCCCUGGCUGCCUUUCGUCUCUCACUGCACUCUCAUUUGAAAACUUCCCCCUUCACUUCGAGCAACUUUCCAACCUCCUUCAACUCACGAACCUCAUCCGCCUCUCCUUGCCUCUUGUGCUUCCGCCGGUUUCACCAGAUCCGCCUGCCUUCUCACUCGCACAACUGCCUUUUCUCAAGUCGCUCAACUUUAGGCUGCUUGAUCUACAGUUUAGCGUCUUCUUCCCUCUUGGAUCGCCAUACAGGUUUCUGAAGCACCUGCAGCUUAGCAAUUCCUUGAUCCAGCGACUUCCAAGCAGUAUAGGACAGGUGCUGCCACGCCUCCAGGAGCUCAGCAUCAGCGGGUGCAGAAUAUUCAGCGAUCUGACAGACGAGUUCACCUCGCUCACCUGCCUGGAGAGCUUGACCAUUUCCUCAUGUCGUGUGUCCACUAUGCCCGACAACUUCGGGAAUCUUCCAGCCUUGAAGGCACUGGUGCUACACGAGCUGCCGCUUCUCCGUCUUCCUGCAUCCUUCACCCGACUCGCAUCUCUGGAGUCGUUGCUUCUGGUUGGGUGUGGAGAGGUGGAGGGGCUACCUGCAGGGUUUGGCCGCCUCACAGCACUCCAGACUCUGAGUGUGGCAUGGUCGUCCACCCUCUUUCCAGAAGACUUGGGUGGCUUGACCAAUCUGCGAACCCUUUAUUUUCGGUACAGCAGGCAAGAGCAGCUGCCGUCCUCAUUCACGCAGCUGACUUCGCUGACCCGGUUGGAGUUGGAUCAAUGCGGGAUAGCAGAGCUGCCAGAGGGCAUGGCGGAGAUGACACACCUGCAGGAGCUCUACAUUCAGGACUGUCAUUUCCUCAAGGAGCUUUCGGGAGUUGUGACAGCUCUCAUCAGCCUUGAAGUGUUGAGGAUUGAAGAGUGUAACAAUCUCUCCUCGAUUCCCAGGAGGCUUGACAGCCUUAUUAAGCUGACGCAGUUAGGGGUGAGGGGCUGUUACUGGCUGAAUGAAGCCCCUCAGGCUCUGCCGCUCAGUCUCCAGGCCUUGUCCUUCGUUACCAAUGAGCACGCGGCAUCUUUGCCAGACAUUUCAACACUCACAGGGCUGAGGGAGCUGUGCUUGGGCAUUGUUGAUGCAACCUGUGUUGAGGCCAUCAGUGCCCAUCUCUGCGGUGUGAAGCACCUGGAGCUGGAGCUGGAAGAAGAUGCAGAGGAUGCUCUGUCCCUGCUGGCAAGGCUUCCCCUCCUCCGCACCUUGACACUCAAGGGCGUCCGCAGUGUGAACAAUUUGGUGGGAAAUAACGACUCGGCGUUGCUGGAGCUACGGCAGCUGAACAUCAGAACCUGGUCUGAGAGAUUCACAGAGCUACCUGCAGCCAUCACCACUCUCCACCACCUGACAUCCAUUCAAAUCCUCGCUCCGAUGUUAUCAUCUCUCCCGGACGGCCUUGGGGCAUUGUCAAGGUUGCGCAAGCUGGACUUAUCCCACUGCUCAUCCCUCACGCAACUCCCUGCUUCCCUCACGCACCUCUCUUGCCUGCAUGAGCUGAACGUGAGCAAUACCAGCAUCCGCCUGCUUCCUGCUGGCUUUGCUAACCUCAGCAGGCUCAAGAAGCUUGAUCUGGAUCAAUGCGAGCAGCUGGAGGCUCUGCCUGACGACAUAUCGGAUCUUAGAAUGCUUGAUUUCUUGUCCACUAGGGGGUGA